AUGACUGGAUUGAGAAUUCUUAAAUACUGCUUCAUUGAAAAUGAUGGAAUCAAGUUUAUGUCGAAAAAGUUGCACCAACUUACUCCAAUAUGCCUUCAAACUGUUGAAAAUGAGAUGCAAUGCGAGGUUUUAACAGAGAUUAUUUCAAUUAUUUGGAAGGUUUUCCAUCGAUCUUGCGGCCGAGGUGAUAAAGCAAUUAGGGAUAAAAUAUUGAGCUAAACAUUGUUUGAAGAUUUACAGCUACUUUUAGCAGUUUCUCAUAGUCUAUUACUCAGAUGUGUAUUAGAAAGCAUAUUGACAUUCCUAGAAAAAAAUAACUAUACAGUUGAUAUUCUCCUAAGAAUUAUUGAUGAAUUUCCAGAUGAAUACAAAGUGUUAGCAGCUGGAGCACUGACUCAUUUAUGUAGAGAUAAUGAGAUUUUAAACCUAUUCAAACAGUUUGGAGGGUCCGAAAAACUGAUAAUAUAAUUGAAUUAAACUACUAAUGAUCAAGUCAAAUUAAGCAUACUAGUAUGCUUUUAAACAGUGACAUCCGAUGAUUAUGACAUACUGGUAGACAUGAGAAAUCUGAAUCUGGUGUAAAUCAUUUUAGAUCUUCUUGUGUACAAUCAAGGCAACCCUAUUCUAGUUGGAUCGAUGAAAGCUUUUAAACUUAUUUUCCCUCCCGAAAUUUUUGGCGCUUUUAUUGAUGUUGGAAACUACAAUAAAGACUUUUAAUCAUAUAUUCCGCUUCUCAAAAAAUUCAAUAAGAAACUUCCUGAUUAAAUCGCAAGAAACUUUGAACAAAUGGGCUCAUUUGUAAAAUUAGGGAGUGAUUCAUCCAAGUAUAUUGGCGGAUACUAAGGGAAAGGAGCAUUUGGUUCUGUUUAUCAAGUUGUUAAAGGAGAAAAUUAGUAUGCGAUGAAAGAGUUGCCCCUCAGCCAUUUUGAUGUAACCCCAGAAUAAUUCUAGAAUUUUUAUGAUGAGCACUCAAAAAACCAAGCGACUAUAGAUGACUUAGUAGUCUAAGAAAUUUGCAGAGAAGUUGCUAUCCUUAAAGAUCUUGAUCAUCCAAACAUAACGAAGUAUUACACAUCCUUUGCAGAGGGCUAAUACAUUUACAUUGUAAUGGAAUUGCUUGAUGGGAUAUCUUUAGCAGACUUCAUUUUAUCGUAAACUGAGAAAAAAUAAAGAGUUAAAGAAGAAAUCGUAUGGAAUAUUUUAACUUAACUUAGUGCAGCAUUAAGAUAUUUACACGUGGAGAAGAGGGUAGUGCAUAGAGAUUUAGCUCCCUCAAAUAUUUUAAUAGAUGGAGAUUUCAAUCUGAAACUAGCUGAUUUCGGUUUAGCCAAGAAAUGGGGAACCUAAUCAGCAAGUGUCAUGAAAUCCUUUGUAGGUACUAUUCUCUAUUCUUGCCCUGAGAUAGUCCAAUCUCAACCUUACACUGAGAAGGCAGAUAUAUGGUCUCUAGGUUGCAUUAUAUACGAGUUAAUGACGUUUAUUCAACCCUUUAGUGCAGGCAAUCCCUUAACAGUUGCAAAAAAAAUAGUUGAUGGUGAUUAUGAACCCUUAAACGAUGACUUCUACUCUCCAAUGUUGAUUGCAGUUAUUAGGAAAACUAUGACAGCAAUUCCUAAGCAGAGACCAAAUAUUCUUGAGCUCUGUCAAAUGAUGGUACCCAUUUUAAUGUAGUAGAUGGAUGAUCUGAGGAUCAAAGAUGAUAAAAAUACUCGUGAAUUGAAGUAUUUGAAGGAAAGAGUAAAGAUGUUCGAGGGGACAUCUGCUUCAGGAUUCAAGGGGCUAUAAGGCCUCUAGAUUAACACUAAUAACAAUUCAGCUUCAAUGAAUACUACUCAAUAAAAUAAACUACAGGCGACCGCGAAUGAUUUUAAGGUCGUGAAUAUUAAUUAGGAGAGCAUUAAAAAGAUGAGUGCGGAUCCAGUUGCUAAUUUCCUCUAGACUGUGAAUAAACUAUAGUUCAUUACUUGCCUGCCACCUUCGCUUAAAAAAGACUCUCGAUAGAUCCAUGUAGAAAACUUCUACAGAAGUUUAUUUGGCAAAAAUUCAAAUGGCGCUAAUGUCAAAAAUGAAUUGAUAAAGUUAAAUAAUUGCUCGCGAGAAACUAUAAAUAUUGGAGGUCAAACUUUGCAAUCUCUUAAAGAUGUAACAUACGAAGUGUUGAGUUAAAUGAUAGAGGAUAUCUUAAGAGAUAAUGGCUUUUAUCAAACUGCCUCGGCUUAAUUAAAUGAGUGA